AUGCCCGUGCAACCUAAACCCCUGAGUCUACAGAGACAGCUACCCGCUCCAGGGACAUAUUACAUAUCGGCGUAUGGGGCCAGCGGUGGGCCCGGACAGGUCCAGGCCCUACCUCGAUACAAGGAGCCUCGGCAUGGUGGACUCGGAGCCAUGAUCAACGGAAUCUUUUAUUCGAAAAAAGGAUAUGGAUUGACAGUCGCUGUCGGACAGCACGGCGGGUCGUUCACAAGUGGAAGUUUCGCCAACCACCUGUCUUACUCUCCAGAGCCCAACGACUAUAAACACGGCUACUAUGGGUCAUCUCGAUUGACUAUGAUCCCAACUGGGGGGUUGGACAAGGGAAUGAGAUAG